AUGGUACACGAAGGUUUUCGAGAGAAAUCUUACUUAUAUCACAAAGACUAAUCCAUAAUUUCUUUAAAGACAAGCAAUUAUAAUGGAGACUACAUAACAUAUACUCCUGCAUAUUAUGAAGAUAAAUAGUUAUUAGCUGUCUAGGAUAGAGAUUCACUUAUUGUAUGGGACCUUAACAAAAAGUAGUCUCUUAUGUCCCAUACAAUAAGUGAAUCUCUUAUGAUUGUUGAGGGUAAUUCACUAGCCUCAUCUACUUAAUCUAACUUUUUGCCUUUUUCAGCUUCAGCUAAUUAGUCAAGCAUUUUGUCCUUUUCAGCAAAUGGAACUUUAUAUGGAUUAGGAAGGGAUCAAAAAUUAAGAUGUUGGAAUUUAUAGGGCAACUGUAAAGUAAUUUUAAAACCGCAAAUACCACUCAAAGCAUUUUAGACUAAUGAGGAAAAAUAAGUCAUUAAAGCUAUUGGUAAAGAUAAUUUAGUUUAUGAAUAUUUGUUUGAAGAAUUUACAGAAAUCUACUUUUUUGGAUCUAAAAUAUUAAAUUUACAAAAGUUAAUUAAUAAGAAUCAGAACUAUUUCAAAAAAAAAUUAGACGAUUAAGAAAGAAAAAAAAGUUUAAACUUGAUUGUUAAAAAAACAAAUUAAGUAAAAUAUAAAAUUAAUUAAUUUUCAACAAAAAUUACUUUGUUGUAUUUUCUAAUUGUGGAAAAUAAUUUAUUGUUGGAUUGGAUGAUGGGUCUAUUUAUAUUUAUGAUGCAGGUAAAAGGAUAGUAGAAAAAAUAUGGAAAACCAGUUUGCUGUAAAAGUUUUGCUAGAAGUCCUAUUUUAAUGGUUGAUUGUUGUAGUAUUAAGCAAUCAAAAUUAUUCACAUAAGAAAACGAGAAUCUAGAAAAACUGUUUUUGUAAAAAGGAGCAAUAAAAAAUUUUUGA